CGGAGACUUUCUCAGCAUGCAGAUGGUGUGAGCAGUCAGGGGAAAAGUUUGUAACAGCUCCUCUGAGCCUCAGCUAACUCAAUCCACUCUGCACACACUGAGUUAGUUCAAGAGAGAAGCAGCAGCAGCAGCAGCCGCAGCCGCAGCAGAAGCAGCAGCAGCAGCAGCAGCAGCUGAGCUGGAGUGCAACUUGAGCUCGUCUCAGCACAGGAUUUCUGUUGAUGUUGAAUGACUACCUGUCACUGGAUUGAAUACAAUAGUUGUGCAUUGCUACACGUCAGAGCUGUGAGAUUCAACAAGGCUGUUUAUUUGAAAGGUUAGAGUUGCUGUAAUGGACGACCAGUGUGUGUCCCACGGCAGUCCCCAGCGCAAUGGAGUUCAGCCCAGCACAGAGAUCCAGAGGCAGGGACGGUUGAGUGUCAUCAGGUGUGGGUGGCUCAGGAAGCAAGGAGGUUUUGUCAAGACUUGGCACAGUCGCUGGUUUGUUCUGCGAGGGGACCAGCUCUACUAUUACAAAGACGAGGAGGAGACCAAAGCUCUGGGAACCAUUUUCUUACCUGGAAACAAAGUUACAGAGCAUGCAACCAGCGGCGAUGAUGGGGGGAAAUUUCUCUUCGAAGUCAUUCCAGGGGGAGACAGAGAGCGGAUGACAGCCAACCAUGAGACCUACCUUCUUAUGGCUAACACCCAGAAUGACAUGGAGGAUUGGGUGAAGACGAUCCGCAGGGUCAUCUGGGCUCCAUUUGGUGGAGGGAUCUUUGGUCAGAAGUUGGAGGAAACUGUGCGGUUUGAACGCCGGUUUGGGAACAAGCUGGCUCCUAUGCUGGUAGAGCAAUGUGUGGAUUUCAUUCGGCAGUGGGGCCUUCAGGAGGAGGGCCUAUUCAGGCUGCCAGGACAGGCCAACCUGGUCAAAGAGCUGCAGGAUGCCUUCGACUGUGGAGAAAAACCCUCCUUUGAUUGUAACACAGAUGUGCAUACAGUAGCCUCUCUACUAAAGCUGUAUCUCAGAGAGCUGCCGGAGCCCGUCAUCCCCUUCCACAAGUAUGAUGAGUUUCUGGCCAGCGCCAAGCUCCUCAGCAAAGAUGAUGAAAUGGGUAUGAAGGAGUUGAGAAGGCUUGUGGAAAGUCUACCUCCAGUGAAUUACAACCUUCUCAAGUACAUCUGCAGAUUUCUAGAUGAAGUCCAGUCAUAUUCAGGAGUGAAUAAAAUGAGCGUCCAAAACUUGGCCACAGUUUUUGGGCCAAAUAUCUUGAGGCCGAAGGUGGAGGAUCCAGUAGCUAUUAUGGAAGGUACCGUUCUGGUCCAGCAGCUAAUGGCCGUUUUGAUUGGACGCCAUGAUGUGCUAUUCCCUGGGGAUGAGGACAGCCCCACGGCCCUGGAGCUUGUCAACAACAACAUCGAACUACAACGGCGACAAGCCACCACAACUACCUCUGCCAUCACUACAGUGUCUCAGAACGCAGAGAACAACAACACGCAGGUGGUGCGGCAGUGUGUUUGGGAAGCACCCGAGUCUCCUUUGCACCCCCAACGUGUAGACAACAGUGGCUCCCCGCGAUCGGCAAGCCCUCGUAAUGGUGUCAUGGGACGCUUUGACAUCACCCGCAGUCCACCACUGACUAUUAAAAAGAACCCAGCUUUCAGUAAAGGCAGUGGGAUCGUUACAAACGGCUCCUUCAGCUCCUCACCCUCUUCAGACCCAAGUCAAGAAAGGAGCCAGACUUUGACUGGAGUUGGGAGUUUACCGGUGCGGCGCAGUGGGACUCUCAAAGGCUCCGGCACAAAAAUGGGCACCAGUGGCGUGACGAGUGGAAGCAGCACUGGAGGGAACGGGAAUGGAAUUGUGCGGAUGGGCAUUUCCGGCACCGAUGUGGUCACGGGGAGUCUAAACGGCCGCAAUGGUCUUUGGGUACCAAAUGGUUGCGUCACAUUACGCGAGAACAGCAAAACACGUGACUGCUCCAACGGGGAUCAAACAUCCAAUCAGAACCGUCUGUCCACGUAUGACAAUGUCCACUUAAACCAGCAGAACCUUCAGCAGCAGAACCAGAUCACCAACACGUGUCUGAACAGCAGCUGUGAGGACAAACAGAGCGUAGACAGUGCCACCUGGUCCACCUCCUCCUGUGAAAUCUCUCUUCCUGACAACUCCACUUCCUGUCGCUCCUCCACCACUACCUGCCCUGAGCAGGACUUCUACGGAGGUCACUAUGAAGACCUGGAUAGACAAGCCCAGCAUAAUGAGCCUCCCCAGUCUGGUGGAGGAGGAGAGGGGGAGGGCAGAAACAGCAACAGAGAAGGAAGUGGAGAUGGAGCAGGGAGGAGCAGUCGGGACACCAGCAGUAGUGAUAAUAGUGAUGGUUUCACCGUUGGUAAUGGACCCGGCAGUCACAGUGCUCUACACAGUUUAGUGGCCAGCCUUAAACAGGAGAUGCAUAAGCAGAAGACCGAGUAUGAGGCCAGGAUAAAGAGCUUGGAGCAGCGUAACCUUGAUCUGGAGACCGAAAUGGUGAACCUCCACGAAGAGCUGGACCAGGAGAGGAAGAAGUACACCAUGGCGGAGAUAAAGCUGCGCAACGCUGAGCGUGCCAAGGAUGACGCUGAGCGGCGAAAUCAGAUGCUGCAGAAAGAGAUGGAGCAGUUUUUCUCCACGUUUAGUGAUCUCACUGCAACUGGCAACACCGCAGCCACCGACCCGCAUCGACCAGAUCGUAACAACAGCAUCUGGAUACAGUGAAGGAAGGCAGGGGCAUGUGGGCUGAAAUGCUAGUAAAGACUGGAAAUGGUUUAUUAAAUGAUGUGAAUAUUACGAGGGCUCCAAACAGGAUUUGGCUGCUGGUUGUAGAGGGCAAGUAGGUAAGUUACGUUACAAUGGUUAAUGGAUGUUUUAAUUUAAGAAAUAGGAGGUGGGGAUAAUGCAAGGCACCUGUAUAAAUGUAGACAUCACCUGGAGUGAUGCCAGACUGUCAUUAUCUGUAAAUACAGCAUUAUUUAAACAGCUCACAGACUCUCUCCAAUCUACUCAAACUGUGGUGGUAAUCACUCUUCUGACUGGGAAGUGGAGUAAAGGCACCGUACACCAUAGUCUAUGAUGAUUCACAGUACUACUUUUAUUUUACUUUAGCUCCUAGAGACAUAUAGGAAGGAAGGCAAAAUGUUUAAAAAUGUUGUAUUCAGUAAAAUAAAUCAAAAAUACCAACCUUGGACCCCUCCCUAUCUUAAUUCAUCUUUUUAAUCUAACCAAAAACAUGUUCCACGUAAUUCUAUAUCUGCUCAUGUACAUAGAGGGAAACAAUGCAGAAAAACAGUGUCAUAUGUAUGUAAAAAUAAUUGAACGUAAUACUUAAAUGUUUAUCUGAUAUUUAAGCAAAGUUAUCAAUGUGUGAUAUUUUAUAUUAUGAUUUUUCCUUGCACUUACAUGUUUGUUUAGUCUCAGCAAGGUGGUACUGAAUGUUUCUGUUGAUCAAUGUGUGUACCAUUUAAAUUGGACAAAAUACUGUAUAUGUGCCUGUGCUUCUGUGCUGUUUCAUAUACCCCAUGACCAAAAAAAAGAGCCUGUACUGUAAAUAUUUUAUAGAUAAUUGUAUACACUACUUGUUAGUCUGCACUGUGGUUUGACGCAUAUUAAGAUGGAUAUGGCAAGUAUUGAGUUGAUGCUGACUGAAGAAUGUUUUGUAGCUUGUAACUUGCACGAUGGGUCAUUGGCAAAACAAAACAGAUAAAAUAUAAAUGUUGGUAGUGAAUUCAGAAUUUCAGCUGACAAAAUGUACUCUUUACAGUAACAGAUGUAGCUGUUGUCACUGUAUGAAAGCUCGUGGGAAUUGCAGUUCACAAGCCGCCUCUGAGCAUAUGAGAUGCCACUUUUAAUCCUGUAGUCGUCUGACAAUUUAUCCACCUGACACAACUGGUUUUCAUCCUAACCUAGCACAGAAUAACAAGCUGCAGCAACCAAGUACCAACACCAAGUUGUGUUUGUGGGUCAUAACUGUGAAAAAUGGGAUUACAGCGUCAAGUGUGUCUCCAUUGAGCCUGGUUGCUACAUUUAGUAACGUGGUGUGUGCAUGAGUCCAUGAGGACUGGUGCACAAUAAGUGAAUGUCUGUAAAGUGACUGCAUAUUGAUGAAGCCUUAGUAAGUGUAUUUAUGUAGCUUUGAACCAAAUGACUACACCCAAUGUGGAUAUGCUAAUGUAUACAAAACAAGAUGCAUAACAGACCUGAGUUGGACUUCUGUCAAAAGAAGUUUUGUGUGUGCCUGUGUGCACAUGUCUGCCGCUGGCUAUUCUUCCUCUGAAGACCAGGUCCCAUUUAAACCUGCUACUGGUCAAUGCAGGGCAUCUGGAAUGUGCACAGGGAGGGGGGAAAAGUGCCUGAAUAACUGAAGGAGGGAGGGGAGCCUGCGCUUCUCAUUUUGCACCCUUCACCGAGAAGUAACCGGCUUAAGCCAAGCUGACAGUGGCACCUCGUUCUGUGAAUUCCACAAAAAAAAGAGCAGAUUAUGGACACAGGGCAAGAGGGAGAGGAGGAAAGGGAUAGUGGAAUAUUUUCAUGACAUGAUACUUGACACACAAAGGAACUUUUGAAAAAAUUACUUAAUAUGAAUAAAAAUGCAUUUUCAUCUGA